CCCACCUCGCGGCCGGACACGCAAGUCAAACCGGGCGUGCCACCCGCACGCCGUCGUCCUCCACACCCGAAGCCGUCGUCGGGACUCGGGGGACGAACCAGUAAUAUACCAAACCCAAGCCAAGAAACAAACCAAGAAGGCAAGAAACGAUUGUCUCGCAGGCAGCUCGCGUUGCGUUGCCUUGUCUUCCACGACCAGCUCUCACCUGGCCGUAGUGGUAUGGACAACUCGCCGGAGCCGUCGGGGCGCUCGGGGGAAGGGGACCAGCCGUGUUCCCCCCACGGCACCGUCGUGAUCGUCCUCCCGGACGAUAUCGGCGGGUUGCCCACCUCCGUGUCCGUGGCCGAGGAGGCGGUCGCGCUCUUGCACCGCGCGGGGGCGGUCGGUGGCGACGCGGCCGCCUCUAACGCCGAAGACGCGGGGCGGAGGGAGGAGGAGGAGCGGCCGCGUCCGCGGUUCUCGCUGUGGCGGGCGGCGGGGGCGGCGCUGGCGCUCGCGGCGCUGGCCGUGGCCGGGUACGUCUGCCUGUACGCGGAUGGGCAUGCGGGCGCCGCCUGGCGGUUCUUGGCGUUGCGGGAGGAGGAGUGGGGGGACCGCAGGUCGUUCUUGCUGCCGCUGUACCCGAAGGCGCGCGCCGGAGGCGUCAGGGCGGGGGGCAGCGACGGCGCACCGCAGAAUCUGACGGCCGCCAUUUUCCCCCUCAGUGACCAUGUGUUCCCCGACGGGCAAUACUACACAACUAUGUCUAUUGGCAACCCACCAAGGUCUUAUUUUCUUGAUGUGGAUACUGGGAGCGACUUCACAUGGAUCCAGUGCGAUGCGCCAUGCAGAAACUGCGCAAAGGGACCUCAUCCUUUAUACAAGCCUGCACGAGGGAAUAUAAUUCCUUCCAGCGAUUCAUUUUGUCAAGAAUUUCCUGGCAACCUAAAACCUGGUGGCACUUCCAACCAGUGCGACUAUGAUCUCACAUAUGCCGAUGGAAGCUCCUCUAUGGGCGUCCUUGCAAGAGAUAGUAUGCAACUCAUCAGUGAAGAUGGUGAAAGGGAAAAUCUAGACAUUGUGUUUGGGUGUGGAUAUGAUCAGCAAGGAAACCUUCUGGCUUCACUGACAAAUACUGAUGGAGCCCUAGGACUGAGCAGCGCGGCAAUAAGCCUUCCUACACAGCUAGCCAGACAAGGGACUAUCUCCAAUGUUUUUGGUCAUUGUAUGACCACAGAUCCCAGUGGUGUUGGUUAUUUGUUUCUUGGCGAUGAUUACAUUCCCAGAUGGGGCAUGACAUGGGUUCCUAUCAGAAAUGGUCCCAAUAAUAUAUACAGCACAGAAGUCGAGAAAGUAAACUACGGAGAUCAGCAUCGCAGUGUGAGAGGACUGUCAGAGAAGUUGACUCGAGUGAUCUUUGACAGUGGGAGCACAUAUAUGUAUUUCCCACGAGAAGCUUAUACAAACCUGAUUGCUGUGCUGAAAGAUGCCUCCCCGAGAUUUGUACAAGACGACUCAGAUAAAACACUACCUUUCUGCAUGAAAGCUGAUUUUCCAGUGAGGUCUGUGGAUGAUGUGAAACAGUUAUUCAAGCCCUUGAUUCUGCAAUUCAAGAAAAGCUUGUUUAUCUUCACCAGAACCUUCACUAUGUCUCCUGAGGACUACUUGAUCAUUACUGAUAAGGGCAAUGUCUGCCUUGGGGUGCUCGAUGGAACAGAAGUCGGUUUUGGUUCGGCAAUAGUACUCGGAGAUGUUUCUCUUCGUGGAAAGUUAAUUGUGUAUGACAAUGAUGAGAAUAAGAUCGCAUGGGUUCAGUCAGACUGCACCAACCCGCACAAGCAAAGCAGGCUUCCUUUCUUCCUCCGGAAAGCAUUGCGCAACCAAUUUCUGUAAAUGUUGCACAGAGACUACCACGAGAUCGCCUGACCAAUACAAAAAAAAGGUUACUACAUUCAUUCGUAUAAUUAUGAAUAUAGUUAAUAGAUACAAAAAAAGGUUACGAGAUAGGGAGGAAAAAAGGAA